AAUAGUAUUUAUAUCUCCAAAAUUUUAAUUUAAUUUAUCGAGGCCAAAAUUUUUCGGAUUUAGAAAGCACGAUGUAAACAUUGGGGUUCAGGUGUGGUGGGAAGCCUCGCCCUCGGCCAAGACUAUUCAAUAUUACUGUCAUAUAUAAGGGAGUUUUGACAAGUUUGGCUACGUUACGACGCCUUUUGUAUAGUGCUUGAGCUGAUAUAACAUGGCAAAGCGACCAAAAGUUGUUUUGGAUGAACCUUCUGGGACCAUAUGGCCAGAAAACUUCAAUUUAUUAUCACAGAAGACUUCUUCAAAACUCUUACCUGUGCUGGAGGUAAUUGGAACGGGUAGCCCGCAGUCUGCAGUCCUGAGCUGCCAUUGCUCCUACUUGGCCAUCGUCACACGGGGUGAAGAUGCUUCAAUCCUACUCUUCAUUGUCAGUAUGACUGAAAAAAAAUUCUAUCUGCUGAAAAAAAUAAAUGCGCUGUGCACAGCUUUGACAUUUCACCCAUACCAGGAGAACACCCUCAUUCUUGCUUCAGCCUCCUGUAAAGUGUAUAGGAUUAAUGUAGAUGAUGGUUCUGUGAUACCAAUGGAAGGGCAUACGUCACCUGCUGAAGCAAUCCAGUUAGGGGCACGCUCCCCACUAGUCAUAACCCAUAAUGCCCAUGAAGUAUUACUCUGGUCGUGGCCAUCAGUAUCCCUCACCAGUAGGAUGCGACACGAUGAGACCGUGACAGUUGUCUGGGCUGGCCAUGUGUGGCAGAGAGAUGAGCUGGUGGUGAGCUUCAUCAAUGGCAGUGUUCUCAUCUGGGUGUCGCACACACGAAACAUUCAGGUCCACAUUGAGCCGCCCAAGGGUUUAGAUUUUGAUUUUAAAGCAUUUGUCCUAUCCAGGGGAGGUGAAUGGCUGGUGGGAGGGGGCAAGAGUCACCUCCUAGUUACAUACUCUCUCAUCAGCCGGAGUGUUGCACAGGUGGUCCAGCUGCCAGCAUCGUGCUCAGAUGUCUACCAGCCAGUCUUCCUCCCUUCAGUCCAUCCAAACUAUUCCCAGGUCUUGGCCCUGCUAAACUCUACUGGUGUGUUAAACAUCAUUGAUUUCACAACUGCCACAAAGCUCAAAACUAUAAGGUCCCAGAGAUUUAAUAUUGAUAUGGUGAAUGUGAGCGAUGAUGGCAACUUCUUGGCUGUGACUUUUGCCAAUUGUAUUACAAAAAUUUAUGCAGUAAGAGCACUUUUUCCUGAAGAUCCCAAAAAUGUUUCAAUCCCUCAAAUAACAAAAGAAGAGGUAGCAUUCAAAAUUGUAGAAAAAAGAGAAAAGGAGGAGCGUGAAGAAGAAAUCAGAAGACGCGACAGAAGGAAAAAGACAAUGGAAUUACAGGAACUACUUGACAAAAAUAAAUGGUACAAGAUUCUCCAGGAGUUCAACAGUUACCCAGAGAAGUAUAGACACUUGAUAUGGUUAUCUAUGCUCGAAGUUCCCCGCAACUACUCGGUAUUCAGCUCGCUGCUAGACAAAGGAACCCACACGUCAUUUGAAGGGCUCCAGGAGGUCCUACAACUGUCUGAUGGAACACUGUUGCGAACACUUCAAGGAACAUUGUCUUGCCUGGCACACUGGGCACCGUUCCUAUCCAGUGUGGAAUACCUCCCCGAGUUUGUGUUUCCAUUCGUCAAGAUGUUUCACAGUAACCGCCUGCUCUGUUUUGAGGUGACAGUUACAAUUAUUAUGAAUUGGUGUAAUUUAUGGUUUGAAUUCUGGCCAAAACCUGGGAUAACAGUUCUCAAUGUGGUUGAGCAAAUUGUGUGUGAGGUAGAUCCCACAUUGCUUGCUCAUCUUACGAUGCUUAAAGUCACAGCUGAAGACUAUGCUUGGUCUUUGCUUACCACUGCAUUUUCUAAAGUUUUGUCAACGAGUGACUGGUUAGUGUUAUGGGACCACAUUCUAUCAAACCAGCUCUCCUUCCUGCCAUGCGUCACAGCAGCAUUCACAUUAAGAUCCCGGAAAACGCUCUUCACUUGCAGUGAUGCUAAUGAAGUCAAGAUGUAUUAUUGCCAAGAGUCAUGGGUGCCCAUAAAACAAGUGCUAGACAAAGCCUAUGUCUUACAUAGCAAACUGAGUGAAGCAUCUCUUCCCAAGAAUAUUUUUGGAACCUUCACUCCAGUGCCCCGGAAUGGUCUACCUCUCUUCAGUAUUGGACCCAGAGAUGCCCGUCAUGAGGAGAUUGAGAAUAUGGAAAGAGAGUUUAGCCAGCUGCACUUGCGCACGCAGCAUCCAAGCCAAAGGGGUUCAGCUCCAGGUGCUGUACAUCAAGAAAAAGAAGAAGAUAUGGUAUAUAUGGUUGGUCGAGAUGAACUUCAAAAACAAGAAGAUGAAUGUCUUGACAGCAUCUUAAAGCUUCGUAAGAGACAUCUUGCAAGUACUCUUCCUGAGAAAGCAAACUCCAGUAAUUCCAGGACUAGAUCAUCGUCUCAUAAGAAACAAGCUUAGAAAGUGUCUUAUGUUUAUUUGGCUAACUGGGAGGGGCUUUCUCAGUAGCUCCACGAGCUAAGCACUGGUCCAGUCAUGCCUUAGGGAGAUGCACAAGGCCUUUGAGACCCACCCUUGCCUAACAGGAGCCAGAACCAAAACCCAGCUCUGUGGCACUUAACUCAGGGCGCUAAUGAGGCUCACUAGAAAAGGACUUUUCAUUACACUCAGUGGUAUAAUUUUCUCUGAGUUGAUACUUCUGAAUUUGGGAAAUGUGUUAGUGACAAUGAAUGUAUACAGUGUGUGUGUGUAAUUACUUAAGUAUAGCUACAGGAUGAGAGCUACGCUUGUAGCCUCUCGUCUUCCCAGUACUCUUUGUUGUAUAACACUUUGAACCACUAAGGGUUUUGGCCUCAGCCACCAUCUCACUUAACUUGUUCCAACUGUCUACCACUCUGUUUGCAAAAGAAAGCUUUCCAAUAUUUUUUGGGGCACCUUUGUUUCCUUAGCUUGAAUCUGUGUCCUCAUGUUCAUGAAGUUGCUGGUUU